UCGCAAUCGACCCCCAAAUUAGCCGCACAUCCGACGGACAACCAUGGCGACCCAACGCCCCAAGCGCAGUGAGAUCACGGAGAUCAACCUGAACGACGACGAGGCGGAAGUGGCUCCGUUGGCUCCAAACGGGCCUUCAUCCUCAGCGGGAGCGUCGCGGCGACAACAGGGAAACAGCGUCUUCGGCGACAUUGUCACAAAGUUCAUGUGCGUCGUGUUCGUUGUCGUGGCGUCUCUGGGACUGCACGAGGUGCGCUUCUGGCACGUGUUGCUGUAUUCGUCACGUGCCAACCGCCCGCUUGUGAACCUUGGCAUCUUCUUCUGCACGGCCGUGGUCCUCCUCGGGUCGUACUUGGAGUACUACCGCGCCAUCUACCUUGGCGAGACCCUCGAAUACAAGAAAGCACAAUCCACGACCCACGCCAUUUUGGCGUCGAUGGUUCUGGCUGGCAUCAGUUUCUCCAUCGGACUCUGGCCAGUGUGGCACUGGAUGACUGUGCCCAUCCUGUUCAUGUGGUUCUGGGGCUUGAUCGUGCCUUUAGUGGUGGUGCUGCCGCCAACAGCACAAAAAGUCGUGUUUGCCGGCGUGUACAUCUACUUUAUGCACUCGUAUUUGUCGACAUUUAUCCUGUAAAUUGUUAACGCAUACCAACAUGAUACAUCUGAUGGUUUAGCGGC